AAAAGCAAAACCCGAAACCCGUUUUCUGAGCACAUAGCAUAGGAACCUUCCUAUGCCCUUUCCCCCACCCCUGUAAGUGAUAAAACCACCUAAGCUCUCUUCCCCAAACUCCCAUACCUCUCUCUCUCUCUGUCUCUCUCCAUGGAGGAUGCCCCAAGCUAUGUUCUCAACGGGAAGAUUAUGCUAUGCUCAGUGAUCACUCUCUUCCUUGUGGUACUCAUUAUGGUCUGCUUUCACAGCUACUCUCGAUGCUGCUUUGACACUGACGACAGCAGCCACCGCCGUCGCACCCGCGCCAGCUCUUCUCGCCAUCCAUCAUAUUUUCCCUUUACUACCAACGCCAACACUUCUUCUCAGGCCCUCGACCCCUCCAUCCUCAAAGCACUCCCGACUUUCACCUACUCCUCCAAAGCCCACGACUCUCCGCUGGACUGCGCCGUGUGCUUAUCCGAGUUCGAGGAGGAAGACAAAGGCCGAGUCUUGCCCAAAUGUCAACAUACUUUUCACGUCGAGUGUAUCGAUAAGUGGUUCCAGUCUGUCUCUAAUUGCCCACUCUGCAGAGCCCCGGUUCAGGCCGAUAUUUCUAUGUUGAAGCCAGACAUUUCGGCCGAAACAGAGAACUCACCCGCCAUUCCAGCAACAGAACCCGUUCAGGCAGAAAGGUGUUGGCCGGAUUUUUCACAGCCGCCGAAUCCGGGGCCAUCGGAUUUCCAUGGGAAGCCAUUCGACCUAGUGGGUGUGGUCGUGGAGGUGCCUAGGUAGUGAGGGUCGGAUGAGAUAGGCUCGGGCUCACCGGAGGGAUACGGGUUCAAUGAUUCGGGUAAUCGGGUUCUAUCUUUGAAGAGGAUUUGGAGCAUAUGAUGGAAUAUGAUCUGAUGAUGCGCAUGAAUCGGAAUUUGAACCCCGAGUCAACAAGAAGUGGGAACUUGUUUCGUGUUAGCAUAGGCUCUGUAUCAGAACACGUGGAGGUUGAUUUUGCAUCCGUGGCAAAUGUACGCACAGUUUGAUCUGGGUUUCUAGUUUGGGCUUUUCCUCACUCUUGUGGGAUCAUGAAUUGUAAUUAGUUUGUAUAUCCUUAUUUUGAAGUAAUAAAAGAGGUAAAGUUUUGGAGUUUAACUCCACCAA